AUGAGCUUAGGUUAGAGAGCGGUGGUGAUCUCAGUGGGCUUACGUGUGUGGAGUACAAACAGCAGUGUUAUUGGAUCUUGUGUUUGUUGUUUUUCUCAUACCCACUUUCAGGGGCAGAGGCGAAGAUUCAUCGAACGAGCGGGCAAAAGCGCUAGCAGAAUCCUCCAACGGGGCACCCAGAGUAGACAGCAUGGAGCACACCAAACGCACGCGAACGGUCAGCAAAACGUUCACCUUCCUGCUCGGCACCAUCGGGACACUGCUCGCCUGCGCCCAACUUGCGACUGGCUGCAACGAGAUGGUGUGCGCCAGCAUCGUCUCCAAGUGCAUGCUGACGCAGAGCUGCAAGUGCGACAUGAAGAGUUGCACUUGCUGCAAGGAGUGCGCAGAAUGUCUCAGUUAUCUUUACACCGAGUGCUGCAGCUGCCUGGAGAUGUGCCCGAAGCCGAACGAGACCUCCAACGAGUUGUCGAAGCAGUCGCACAUCGAGGACCUGGAGGGCUUCCCGAACCUGUACGACGUGAUCACGUCCGAGCAGGACGCGCAGGGUCGCUGGAAGGUGAUCUCGUUUCCGAUCGACAUCGAUGCGGCCCUGUACGGGCCCAAGGCAGACGGCGGUACGAAGUAUAUUGUCCACUCAACUGAUAUGGAUCUAAAGCAGAAGUACGACGAUCCCAACAAGGUCACGGUGAACUGCACCGUUGCGUACCAGGCACAGUGCAUGUCCUGGAACAAGUGCAAGGAGAGCUGUCGAACGAUGGGGGCCAGCAGCUAUCGCUGGUUCCACGAUGGUUGCUGCGAGUGCAUCGGCCAGAACUGCCUUAACUAUGGCAUCAACGAGUCACGGUGCCGCGACUGCCCCGAAAACAAGGAGCACGAUCUGGACGAUUUUGCCGGCGAGGACGAGCUGGACUACGGCGACAGCAUGGGCCCGCUCGACAAUGCGGCGAUCGAGUCGACCAAUAUAUGAAUCGUACUCGGUUCGCUGGCGCUCUUCUUCCUCUGCCGGUACAACACGUUGGCCGCGCUGUGGGUCGUUUAAAUAUGUAUGAUUAGACGCCAUUCACUGAUGGGUGGCUGUUACUCUCUCUCUCUCUCUCUCUCU